AUGGCCGAUUACCACCGCCGCCAGACGCGACCAUCGACGAGACGAGAAGUGCUUGGACCUGGCGAAUCUCGCGCCAACAUCGAUUCAUCUGCACAGAGAAGCACACGAUCGUCAAAAGCACCAGAAGUGUCCUCGCCUGCCUCUCUCCCCCGCAAUCAGUCUCUUGUUGCCAAUGACACUCUAGACGUACGCACAAGCAGCCCUGCUGCUUCAUCAACACACCAGGUGCACCUCUCGUCUGCUGCUCCCGAAUCCCAGCGGGCAAGCAAACGCUAUUCCGAGAUAUCAAAUUGUACCACCGCUUCCGGCUCGGGUCGCAAGAGCUUCGUAGGUCGAUGGCAGCUUGGAAAGACAAUCGGCCAAGGUGGCUGCUCUACUGUACGCCUGGUCAGACAUAAGGAUACCGGUCAGAUUGGUGCCGCAAAGAUCAUCUCGAGAAAGAUGGCAGAAACGGUUCGCGCCCAAAGUUUGGCCAACUUGGCAGAGAUGCCCGACAAGUCACUACAGGACUUAGUUGCUGCUGGCAAGGCCAUGCCACCCCCUCCUCCAGGUCUGCUACGUGAGAUUGCUAUUAUGAAGCUACUCGACCAUUCCAACAUUGUCCGCUUGUAUGACGUCUGGGAGAAUCACAAUGAGCUCUACCUCAUCAUGGAAUACGUCGAGGGUGGAGAGCUCUUUCACUACAUCGAAGAACGCCGCGGACUCGGAGAACCAGAGAGCGUCUACAUAUUCCGUCAAAUCGUCGCUGCACUGCUUUACUGCCAUCGCAUGCACAUUCAUCACAGAGACCUCAAACCCGAAAACAUCCUUCUGGACCGCGAAAACAUCCAAGUCAAGCUGGUCGAUUUCGGUAUGGCCGCUUUGCAGCCAGAGGGUAAAAAAUUGACAACAGCCUGUGGCAGUCCUCACUACGCUGCGCCUGAGGUCAUCAAGAGCAGACCUUACGAUGGUGCACGAGCUGACGUAUGGAGCUGCGGUGUUAUUCUGUAUGUCAUGCUCACUGGAAUGACUCCCUUCAACUACGACCAAGACAGGAACCUCGGAGUUAUGUACAGAGCUAUUGCUGAGGCCGACUACUACAUGCCUCCAGAGCUUAGUCGAGAUGCUAAGGAUCUGUUGCGUAAGAUCUUCGUUCCGGACCCUCGUCGCCGUAUCACCAUGGAGCAGAUCUGGGAACAUCCUCUGCUUCACAAGUUCGACGAAGAGUGGGGAUACACAGGACCCCUUGCGUCAAAGGAGGCUUGGGUUGGCCCGUCUCCCAUUCUUGAAGAUUGGACAGUGACUCGUGAAGACGAGGUCGACAAGGAAAUACUUCGUAACAUGCGUACUCUGUGGCACAGCGUGCCUCAAUCUGUCCUUGUCAAAAAGCUUGUCAGCAACGAACCAAACCAAGAGAAGCUCUUCUACGCCGCUCUUCUGAAGCAUCGCGAAGACAGUCUUGAGAAUUACCUUGGUGGCGCGGACGCCAUUAGCUACUCGGCAAGCGACUACCAACAUAAUACGAACGAGCUCAAGGAUCAACCCCCUCUACCCAACCAGAAGCAGCACUCGCAAUCUCAAUACUCCAUUAUGAAUGAUGAACAUCUUCGCACUCCACAAGCUGCUGAUCAGAACUUGCCAUCUGAUGGUAGUUAUGAUCCUUACCGAUCUUCCCGGUAUCAAACCACACCCAACGGGACGCCAUACACAAAGGUUACUGUUCACCGUAGAGNNGGGGAGAGCAAUGGAAGCCGCAAGGCCUACGUGCAGCACACUCUACGCCACCCAAAUGCACUUCGUGUCGAGAUGCUUAAANAGAAUGGUCUUUCGAAUUCCAGUUCCAGUUUGGUCAAGCAGGAGUACAGGAAGUCAAUGACACGCUCGGUAUCGAAGGCUUCAACAUCUCGCAACUCGGUUGUGAGCUCUGUCUGGCCUAGCAGCCCUCCCGUGAUGCCGAGAACGGUCAGCUCGCACAAGCACAAAAGAAAAGUCAGCUUUACCCAUCACCGCAAGAGUUCGCAAGCUGUGGUUAGCCCCAGCGCUCGCUUCACCCCAGAGCUCCAAGCAAAGGCUAGAUUUUCUCAACUCAUGCAUGGAAGCCCCACUCCCGACGCAAACAGUCCCUCUUGUCGAGUAGACAAUGCAAUCCGGUCUAGGAAAGAGAAGUCGGUUACACCUGCUCCGCGUACGCGGCCUCGUAAGAACUCAACCGGCACAGCAAAGACAGACAUCCGCAAGGCCAGUAGUGAGCUCGAACAGGCUUGCGAAGAGGCGUUCAAUCGUUGUUCUUUCAGCUCAAGUGUUUUCACGACUGCAUCUGCAACCGAGAAGGCUGGCUACGAGACUCCUCCAUCGUCGGUGUCUAAGAGAGAUUCUGGUAGCUCAACCAAGGAACAUGCCGCACCUCGUCCUCUGCCUGCCCUUCCAACUGACACUCCUAACACCUUUAUCACUCGCACGCUCGAGGAAACACGCCACAAACUUGCAGCACGAAGUGCAUCCGAAGGAAAUGAUGGCUCUGCUAAGAUCGAACAGGUUCUUGCAAACCUUGAUAGAAUCAUGCCUGGCGAUAAACGUGCCGUUUCGGCCCCUGACCACCAUCUGAUGGACAAUAGAGCACCUCUGCCGAUCAUAAGCGAAGAAGGCAGAUCUGAGGGCUCUCAGGGACGCUACAACACAGCCCACAGAUACAGAUCUGUCACAGCUCCAAUGCCGGAAAGAACUGUCCGUAUGGUUCAGCCUUCAUCGCCCACCACACCGAAUAGCCCGUACAACUGGCGUUCUGUUGAAGAGCCAGCCUCGGAUGUCUCUCAGCACACUGUCAUUGACAAGACUCGCCUCACCGUGCCCACCGCAGAUCCUCGCAUGGUUCGCAAGAAGAGUAGCGACAGUGAUAUACCUUUGAGCCAAAUCUCUUCUCAAGGAUCCCAGGAGGGUGCGGUCAAGAAAAAGACUUCGUGGUUCCGCAAGUGGAAGGAGCCAUCUGCCGCCGUUGUUGAUGACAGUCAUCUUCGGCCGCGCUCACCUAUGCAAUGGAACGAGGCUGCUGGUCAACCCGGCAAGCCUAGCGUGCUUAACCGCGACAACCGUCCACCUCAUUUGGAUCUGACUAACGCACAGGUGCCUGCACCCAAGUCAUCUUCGAGCAGUGAGUUCCCAAUGCGCCGUGAAAGCAAGGGCUUCAGCAAGUGGUUCGGCAGAAAGAAGGAUUCAGACAAAUNNGUGAUGUCCCCUCCCUCUGCCGCCAUGGCUACCGGUCCGCUCAGUCCCUUCUCUACAGGUCCACUAUCGCCUCUACCUCCCACCACUCCUACCUCAGCUGGUGGUGAUAACGCAACACGCUCAUGGUUCUCCCGAUUCCUUCGUCUUCGACCUGAAGUUCGUACUCUGGCAUUCAAUGUUCCCCGUACCCGAGCAAGAACAGAGUUAGUACGCAUGUUGCGUGAGUGGCAACGACACGGUAUCAAGGAUUUGACCUACUUUCCCCAAGACAACGCCAUUACCGCCAGCAUUGAUAAAGUCAACUCCCUGGGCAUCAAGCCUGUCACCUUCAGGAUCGAGUUGUUUGUUGUGCUCAAGAAUGGCAGGAAAGCUGGCCUUUCGCUGGCGAGAUGUUCGCAAAUGCGUGGUGCAGCCAGUUCAUUCCGCAAGGUCGUCGAAGUCUUGGAACAAGUCGGCAGAGACCGCGGUCUGCUCGUUGAAGACGAAAGCCAAUGGAACGAGCUUUGUGGUAUCUUGGCCUAG